AUGCCUUCUAAGAGCCAUAUUGAGCUCCAUGUUACCACGUCUCAUCCCAACGGCGCAGCAAACACGCUGAAGCCGCCCUACACGAUAGGGGGCUCCAUCAACGACGAUGAGCAGCUGCAACGGUUGGGCAAGCGCCCGCUCCUCAACCGUGGCUUCGGCUUCAUGUCGAUCCUCGGCUUUUCCUGCUCGGCCCUGCUGUCCUGGGAAGGCAUCUUGGUCACGUCCAUCACCGGCCUACUAAACGGAGGGCCGGCCGGUGUGAUAUGGGGGUUCUUGAUCAAUUGGGUCGGAUUCAUAUCGGUGUAUAUGGCCUUGGGCGAGCUGGCCUCGAUGGCGCCUACAGCUGGAGGGCAAUACCACUGGGUCGCCAUGAUGGCCCCGGAGUCGUGCAGCACUUUCCUCACCUACAUGACCGCCUGGAUGACAACGCUGGCCUGGCAGGCUCUGGCCGUCUCUGUCGGCUACAUCAUCGCGACCAUGCUCCAGGGAAUCAUAGUGCUGUCAACGAAUUCGUCGUACGUGCCAGAGGCAUGGCAUACCGUGCUGCUCAUCUGGGGCACGAUGCUGUUCGCCGUGUUGGUGAAUUCGACCACGAGCCGGGCGAUAGCCAAAUUUGAAGGCCUCAUUCUCAUCCUUCACUUGGCCGGGUUUUUCGGCGUGCUGAUCCCUAUGGUUUAUUUCGCGCCUCACAACAACGCGGAAUUCGUAUUUACCACCUUCUUCAACUACGGCGGCUGGUCGACGCAGGGCUUGUCCUUUUUCGUCGGCUUUCCGGGGAUUGCGGGCUCCCUAUUAGGUGCUGACUGCGCCGUCCACAUGUCCGAAGAGAUACAGUCUGCCGCGCUCGUGGUGCCUCGUGCUCUGCUUUUCACCAUUCUGAUCAACGGGUCGCUCGCUUUCGCCAUGGCACUUGCCCUUAUGUUUUGCCUUAGCGACGUCGAAGCGGCAGUGAAUGCCGCCGAAACCAUGUAUUAUCCGUUCCUCCAGAUCUUCUCCUCUUCGGUUAAGUCGACCACUGGAGCCUGCGUUAUGGCCUGUGUUGUUUUCGUCAUGGCGAUCGCGAGCAGUGUUGGCGUCUACGCCUCUGCCUCCCGUAUGCUGUGGUCGUUUUCUCGUGAUAAAGGCCUCCCCUUCCAUAGCCACUUGGUCAAGCUAACGAGAAACUCUCUCCCCGUCAACGCCAUCUUGACUACUUUGGCCACUACUAUGCUGCUCUCGCUGAUCGUUCUCGGUUCCACAAUCGCGCUCAACGCUCUCCUUUCGUUGGCGAUCGCAGCCCUAUUUUCAUCCUAUCUGUUGGUGUGUGGUCUCCUUCUCUGGCGCCGCACCACCGGGGCCCUCCGACCGUACUACGCCGCGUCCGACGUUAUUAAUUCCGAAAACCUGUUUUGGGGCCCGUGGAAGCUGCCUGAACCGUUUGGGAUUGUCAACAACGUUAUCGCUUGCCUCUACAGCGUCCUUCUUUUAUUUUGGUCGUUCUGGCCGCAGAUAACGCCAACUACACCUGAGGACGCGAACUGGAGUGUACUUGUCUGGGGUGCAGUCGUGAUUUUCAGCGUUGUUUGGUACGUCGUGCGUGCUCGACACUACUUCAAGGGCCCCAUAAAGGAGGUGUAG